AUGGGCACCCAGAGCACCGACCUGGGCAUCUCCAACAGCCAUUACAGGCCCGAUAUCGGCGCCCAGCUCUACAACCGCUACCUCGACGAGAAGGUGUACGCCGAGCAGAUGGGCUUCGACGCCGUGAUGCUCAACGAGCACCACUCGACACCCUUCUGCAUGCAGGGCGUCACCAACGUCGGCGCCUCCAUCCUGGCCCGCAUCACCGAGAAGGUGAAGAUCAUCAUCCUGGGCAACGUCCUGCCCAUCUGGGACGAUCCCCUGUGGUUGGCCGAGCAGCUGUCCAUGAUCGACAUGAUCUCCCACGGUCGCCUGGUGUCCGGCUUCGUGCGCGGCGGUGGUCGCGAGAGUUGGUCCCACAACUCGCCGCCCAACUUCAACCGUGAGCGGUUCGAGGAGCCCACGACCUGA